CUGCCCUCAUUACUGUCAGCUUCCACUACGAGAUACCGUGUGUAUAAGUCAACCAAUUUAGAGCAUUACUAUGCUUUAUAUACCGUCAUGAAACGAAAACUGCCUUUGAUAUCAUCAUAAAGGAAACACUGACUGCCAUGGCGGUCCACUCCAAGCUACUCCAUCCCUCGCUGACCUCGGAGCGCUCCAUCAAGAGCUUAGUCUCAGAGUUCAGCAACCUCUACCUGCGCAAUCGAACAAGAAUUUCUCGCGCAGUCUACCUGACCUUGUUUGUCGCCUUGGCUCAUCGCAUACGAAAUGCCAUUGCCGAACAAAAAGCUGCUUCGGCUCGUCUGGCGCAGUCCCGUCGGCGCCCGAAAACCGGUUCCACCCCUGCCGAGGGAGAUGCGAGGAAAAAGGUCGAGAUUAAUCGCGAAUUCUUCAGGAACCUCUUGCGCUUGCUCAAGAUUGUCAUACCGGGAUGGAAGAGCAAAGAGCUGAGGCUGCUCAUCAGCCAUAGCAUAUUCCUUGUCAUACGCACCCUGCUCAGUUUAUAUGUUGCCGAGCUAGACGGACGGCUUGUGAGUAAUCUUGUACGAGGCAGAGGCAGGGAUUUCUUGCUAGGAAUAGUAUGGUGGAUGCUUGUCGCGGUUCCUGCUACCUUUACCAAUUCCAUGUUGUCUUAUCAUCAAUGCAAACUUGCGCUUCAGUACCGUACCCGACUGACUACCUAUAUACACGACAAAUACCUCUCGAAAAUGACAUACUAUACCCUGUCGGCCUUGGACGACCGGAUAAAGAAUGCCGACCAGCUUAUCACGGUUGACGUUUCCAAAUUCUCAAACAGCCUCGCCGAGCUCUAUUCAAAUCUGGCAAAACCGAUUCUUGAUAUGGCAAUAUACAACUACUCAUUGUCAAAGAGUGUUGGCGGUGAAGGCCUGUUCAUGAUGAGCUUGCUCGUGCAGAUAUCAGCCAAUGUCAUGCGUGCAUUGACCCCGCCGUUUGGAAAAUACGUUGCAGACGAGGCGCGGCUGGAGGGAGAGUUCCGCUUCCAACAUUCGCGGUUGAUUGACUAUAGUGAAGAGGUUGCGCUCUAUGCCGGCCACGAAGCGGAAAAGGAUACCUUGGACAAAGGCUACUUUACGCUGAUCAAGCAUGUCAAUCGCAUUCUGCGAAAGAGAUUCUAUCAUGGAGUCAUGGAGGAUUUUGUCAUCAAAUAUUUCUGGGGCGCAUUGGGCUUGAUGCUCUGCAGUGUUCCCGUGUUCUUCAAAAUCCCCGGCGCAGCAAGUUCCAGCAUGGGAGAUCGGACAGAAAACUUUGUGACGAAUCGUAGAAUGCUACUCUCCUCUUCUGAUGCCUUUGGUCGAGUCAUGUUCUCCUACAAGGAAAUCACCGAGCUGGCGGGCUACACCGCCAGAGUGUCGAGCUUGCUCAAUGUCAUGGACGAUGUUCGGGCAGGCCAGUUUGAGAAGAAGCUCGUCUCCUCUGCUGGCACUGAGGAGAACGCGGCCGUCCUGCAAGGCCGUGGAGAAGUUUCCGAAGGCGAGGACAUUGAGUUCGUCAAUGUCCCAAUUGUCUCGCCCAAUGGUGAUGUGCUCGUCCGCAAGCUCAGCUUCUCAGUCAAGCCGGGUGAGCAUCUGCUCAUCGUUGGUCCCAACGGUUGCGGAAAGUCUUCGCUUUUUAGGAUUCUUGGUGGGUUGUGGCCCGUGUAUGGUGGCACCGUACGAAAACCACCCUUUUCAGACAUUUUCUAUAUUCCGCAACGGCCAUAUCUUUCACAUGGUAGCUUAAGGCAACAAAUAAUAUAUCCCGACGGAAUGCGAGAGAUGCGCGACAAAGGUGUCACGGACGACGAUCUGUACCAGAUAUUAAUGAAGGUCGAGAUUGAGUCGAUUGUUGAGCGCGAAGGCGGCUGGGAUGCUGAGCAAGAAUGGCGUGACGUCUUAUCGGGCGGCCUGCAACAGCGGGUUGCAAUGGCCCGGCUCUUCUACCAUGCGCCAAAAUACGCCAUUCUCGAUGAAUGCACCAGUAGUGUCACGCUCGAGAUUGAGCGCGUCAUGUACGAAACGGCCAAGGAGUUGGGCGUCACGCUCAUGACCGUCAGUCAUCGACGAAGUCUCUGGAAAUAUCAUUCCAAUAUUCUCCAGUUUGAUGGGCAAGGAAACUAUAUUUUUACCCGCCUCGAUGCUGAAAGGAGAUUGGAACUCGAAGACGAGAAAGAAGACCUUGAGCUUCAACUUCGGGCUGUGCCUGAAAUUGAACGAAGAAUUGCUGAACUCAGCAGCUGAGAUGUAUGAGCGUUGUUUUGAGAUAUACCUGCACGGUUAUAUAUGUGCUUGCGACAUCCCUCAUUCAACCACGCCACGCGUUAAGAGUUCUUGCCGGUCAGAAGCAUGGGAGUCAUUUUGGGAAUAUAACAAAUUCAUCUGGCGUCGGAUUUGGAUUAGCACUUGAAGCAGGUCUUUGGACCGUGACAUAUCAUUAGGAGUAUAUGGGCUUGAAUAUUUGAAAGCGUUGCGGAUGGGUGCAAGGAAGGGAUGACAGCAUAUGAAACGGGAAUAAAUUUUUGUUGAUGUCAGAGUAGAACUCAGUCAAAUAUUGUGAU